CUGCCUGCCUCUCCUUCCAAGCCUUUGGUUUCCAAAGCGGCUGCUGUUGCUUUAAAGUCUUCGGGAGGAGGGCGCGUCCGGAGCGCGCAAAGGCGAAUGGAGAUGGGGCGCUUGGCAAGGCUGCGGCGGCGCUGAACGCGCUCUCCCUCCUUGGUUGAGGCUCCCCUAGGCAAGCGAGGGGCUGAGUCUCUCCGCUUCCCGGAGGCACUCCGCUCCCACUGCUCCCUCCCUCCCCCCUCCCCGGCCAUGUUUCCUCGUUAGCGGGCGGAGCGCUGAACGCCUGCGCGCAAGGGGAGAGCGGCGCUCUGGAGUUUGGCACCAGCAGCAGGCAAGCGAAUCUUUCUUGCCGCCCCGGGAACGCGGGGAUGGGCCGCCUGCACGCUUCUGCCUGUCCCCCGGGCAGCGGCAGCAGCUCCCGCUGAGACUGUGCAGAAGAAGCGCCCCUUUUCCAGCCUUUUCGCACGCGACAAACUUGAGUCGUCGGGACGGACGCCCCUACCACCCCACCCUUGCUUUUCUCCAGCGGCACCGUUUCCGCCCCUUUGGACCUCCGCCUCCGCCUCCUGUGAUGCUGGGACGCGCACAGAAUUUUCUAAAGUGUCAAGGAAUUGCCAAGCUAACCCAAAUUUCAAGGGACCCAAAAAUACGCUGCCACUCUUGACUAAGGAAGAAAAGAGGGACUAUCGUCAUCUCUCAUACCAGAACUCCCACUUCAUGCUGCAAGAGCCAAGGCUGGCAUCGCCAAUUUAAGUUUGUUUUCUAAGGUCACGGGCAGCCUGCGCGCCCCCUUUCGCAUUCCACCCCCCGAGGCCUCGCAGUUGAGAUGAGGAAUUCAGACGAGCAAACGGCCACGACAGUUUUACAGCGCCUGCUGCAGGAGCAGCUGCGAUAUGGGAACCCAAACGACAGCCGCAACCUCCUCGCUUUGCACCACCAAGCUACGGGCAACGCACCCACUUUCGCCAGCAACGGGAGCCCAGGGGCUCCAAGCGAGGGGCUGAGCCCCCAGGACCACCAGGCCGGAGCCCAUGUUGCCCGCCAGGAGCCCCAGGGCCAGGAAAUACAAAUGGACAAUAGUGUCAUGGAGAAGCAGCUCUCCCCAAGGCUCCAGAACAGCGAAGACCUCCCAACCUAUGAGGAAGCGAAAGUCCAGUCCCAGUACUUCAGGGGCCAGCAGCACGCCAGCGUUGGGGCAGCAUUUUAUGUGACGGGGGUCUCCAACCAGAAGAUGAGGACUGAGGGGCGCCCGACAGUCCAGCGUGUGAGCCCUGGGAAGGUCCACCAGGACGAAGGACUCAAGGACCUAAAGCAAGGGCACGUCCGCUCCCUGAGCGAGAGGCUGAUGCAGCUGUCUCUGGCCACCAGUGGCGUGAAGGCCCACGCGCCCGUCACAAGCGCCCCGCUCUCCCCACUCUCCUCCCAGCAGACCAACGACUUCUACAAGAACUCUGUGACAGCUCCUCCCCAGCCAAAUAUGAAAGGGAUGGAGCACAGGGGGCCUCCUCCUGAGUACCCCUACAAAAACAUGCCCACCCCUCCGAUGAGCUGUAAGCAGAUGGAUCCCGGGCAUUUCUACAGCGACCACCGCCUGGGUCAGCAAGGCCGAGCUGACGGGCCACUGAUGAGGUACCAGCAUCCUCCUGAAUAUGGAUCUUUCAGGCAAAACCCAGAGCACCAGCUGCAGCAGAGGCCUCCUCACCACCACAGCCCAACGUCUUCACUCACCUCCUUGGGCUCCAUGACGCUCCUGCAGUCGCUGCCUCCCUCGAGGGUAUCUCCUUCCCAGCCUCCUAACACUCCUGUCCAAGGAGACCCUUUCUCCCAGCAACGGACCCAGCAGCUCUUUAUGCCCAGCCAUGUCCACCAGGGAGAGCUUUACCGGCUCUGCCAGCCUGUGGUUGGGCAGCCACAGCAGCAUUUCCAGCAGCAGCAGCAGAUGCAAAUGCAAAUGCAGCAGCAACAUCAUCAGCAUCAGCAAGGGGACUCCUACUCGGCCCUCAGCAGGCCCCAGCCGACCCCUUCCCCAUACCAGCAGAUGCCUGUCGACCCUUUCGCCAUUGUCUCCAGGGCCCAGCAGAUGGUGGAGAUCCUCUCUGAUGAGAACAGAGCUUUGCGCCAGGAGCUGGAAGGAUGCUAUGAGAAAGUAGCCAGGCUCCAAAAGCUGGAAACAGAAAUUCAGCAAGUUUCAGAAGCCUACAAUAACCUGGAAAAGUCUUCCACAAAGCGGGAGACUCUGGAGAAGACCAUGAGGAACAAGCUGGAAGGAGAAAUACGAAGGCUGCAUGACUUCAAUAGAGACCUCAGAGAGCGUAUGGAAACAGCCAACAAGCAGCUUGCGGAGAAGGAAGGCUCUGAGGAUAACAAGAAAACCAUCUGCCAGCUCUUUGCACAAAACAAAGAAACCCAGAGGGAGAAGGAGAAGCUAGAGAUCGAGCUGGCUGGAGUUCGCUCUGCUAAUGAGGAACAGAGGAGGCACAUUGAAAUUCGCGACCAGGCUUUGAACAAUGCUCAGGCCAAAGUGGUGAAACUGGAAGAAGAGUUGAAGAAGAAGCAGGUUUAUGUUGAGAAGGUGGAGAAAAUGCAGCAGGCCUUGGUUCAGCUGCAGGCAGCCUGCGAGAAGCGCGAACAGCUGGAACACCGACUGCGGACACGGCUGGAGAGGGAACUCGAAUCCCUCCGGAUGCAGCAGCGCCAGGGGACUUCUCAGCCGACCAGUGUCUCUGAAUACAACGCCACAGCACUUAUGGAGCUCCUGCGGGAAAAGGAGGAGCGGAUUCUUGCCCUGGAAGCAGACAUGACAAAGUGGGAACAGAAGUACCUGGAAGAAAGCGUCAUGAGGCAAUUUGCAUUGGAUGCCGCAGCUACAGUUGCUGCCCAGAGGGACACCACUGUCAUCAGCCACUCGCCCAAUGCCAGUUAUGACACCUCUCUUGAAGCCCGCAUCCAGAAGGAAGAGGAGGAGAUCCUGAUGGCUAACAGGAGAUGCCUAGACAUGGAGGGAAGGAUCAAGACCCUCCAUGCUCAAAUCAUUGAGAAGGAUGCCAUGAUUAAGGUGCUCCAGCAGCGGUCCAGGAAAGAGGCCAGCAAGACUGACCAGCUGUCUUCCAUGAGGCCAGCGAAAUCCCUGAUGUCCAUCUCCAACACUGGCUCAGGCUUGCUCUCCCAUUCGUCAACACUGAGCAGCACACCCAUUCUGGAAGAUAAGAGGGAGGACAAGAGCUGGAAGGGCAGCUUAGGUGUUCUGCUGGGAACAGAAUGCCGCUCCGAAUCCAUUCCUUCCACUCCUUCGCCCAUCCUCCCCUCCCCUCCGCUGCUGUUUGCGCACUCCAAGACCGGCAGCCGAGACUGUAGCACUCAGACGGACCGGGGAAGUGAGCAAAGCAAGGUCUCCGCCUCCUCUUCCUCCUCUGCUUUGCCUCCUGUGCAGGGGAGGCUCCCUGCUAUGAAUCUGACCUACACUUCAGACAAAGCAGAUACACCAGUUUUCCAUUCCAACACUCUAGAAAGGAAGAACCCAGCUCAGAAUUUGGGGCAGGACCUCAACGAUGCGGAAAUGGUGGAGUAUCUCAUCUGAAGAAAUCGAAAGCUGAAGCAGACUAGCAAGAAGUGUCUCCGUACCCCUCCCCCUGUGAAACCUUUUUUUUUUUUAAGCAGAUCAUAGUAAAGGAAGCCAGAGCUUUCUGCUGUUUUGUAUAUAUAUAUAUUUUCUCAAAGGUAUGGGCAGGUUAACUUAUAUUUUGUUCCAAAAUUAUUAAAGUAGUUCUGGGGUUUUUUUUUAAGAAGGUUCUUUCCCAUACCUUCUUUCUGUUUCUUUAAAAAUACUGGAUCUGAUAGCAUCUGGAUAAAAAUUAAACCAAGCUCCUAAAUGCACUAAAUUUUUGAAAUGUCAGUAUUUUUUUUGUUAUUAAAAACAACAACCCUGUGUUGUAAGGAAAGUAAGGACCUUAUUUAGACGUUGACGUCCAUAAUGCCUUUUUACAAAGCCUGUUACUUCCCAGGUUUCUCUUUUUGCCAGAUGAUUACAUGGUGCUGUCACUUUUGAGUGUCGUUUAAGUGUCCCAAAUAUUCAGGGGUCCCUGAGAACCAUUGUUACGUAUGGGACUCCAAAGGGUGGGACGACAUUUUUUCACGUUCCUUGCCCUCCUUAUGAGAGUGUCCGUUUUCACAGAACAUUCCAGGACUAGAAAAAAAUAAGUUGAUUUCCACAAUGUGCCUGCACUCGUUAUUUUGUUUUUUUUUAAAUACAUCUUAUUGUUCAUAUCAUUCUGUCCUUUUGUUAGAUGCCCCAAGAUGUAAGGGGAGUUUUCUGUUUAUUUCAUAUAUGUCAAAGGGCUUCUUACCCUUGCAGCAGGAUGAGGAAUAAUGCAUCCCAUUCAGGAUUUCAGUGAACAAGCUGUGAGCCUUUUCUCCAUGUUGUUCUGCUGUUCUGUUCCGUUUAAACUGCAGCCAUUCAGCUGGCUUGACUGGAGUUACUGCUAAACUAAGCAAGUGGCAGGGUGUGUCACCAGACAGAAACUUGAUUUUCUGUGUGGCCAUGCUGGGGAAUUUUCCCUAAACCAUAUUUUUGCCUCUUCCACAUGCCUUCUUCGACUAUAAUCGAUUCAUUCCAGAAGUUAGCAGCUUUUUCUCUUAAAAUAAUUGUAUAUUUUGAUGUAAGAAUGUAGUGCCUUACUCAAGAUAAUAGUUACACUGGGGUCCUUUUCUAAAUAAAGUAAAGCAACCCUGUAAGUUGAAAACCUUGCAUUUUCCUGAAAACUCUCAUUAAUCUUCUGCACACAUUUAGAAAUUAUAAUAGAUUCAUACCUAAGGUUUCAGGUUUUCAUACCCAUACAUAUAGACACACACCUGUAACUUGCAUUAUUUUGUUUCUUGGGAGCUGACAUAAAUAUUGCAGCACUAGGUAGCAAACUUUGCAGGGAUCGAUUUCAAACAUGCAUUUAAAAGUUUGAAAAAUGAACGUGUUUCUGUUGUACAUGUUUUUAAUAACUGCCAGCACAGAUCCCAAAGUUACGUAUAUUAGAGAAAUGAGUAAAAGUGGAGGAGUAACUAGAUUAUGUCAUUCAGAGGCAACAGAAGGAACCUUUGAACAAAAUGUAAACUGUGAGUUAAGUUGUGUCCAAAGGGAAGUGCCUUCUGAGCGUGAGUCUAGUCUCCUUUUAUCCAGGUGCCUCCCAUCCUCUGGUAGGUGAGAGAGCAUGUUGCAUGCAACCUCUCCUUAGCAUCUUCAGAAGAUAAAGAUCUAAAAUGGCAUAAAGAAAAGUAAAGAAUCCAUUGUGUCCUAUGGUGCCUUUUGAACUUCAGGAUAAUUUCCCUUUAACAGGGACAAAGCAAGUGAUCUUAUACCAUAUAAUUAUUUGAGAGUGUACUCACCCCAGGCCAGCAGAAGGAGUUCUGGAGGGCUGCAGGUUCGUCCCUAAAAUGUCGUGCCAGGCUGGGUAGGAGGAGAUUUCUCUAUGCACAUUUGGGGACAUCCUGAAUCUGCUGAUUUUUUAUUUUUUGCAACUCUGCUGCUGCUGCAAAUUAGUCUCAUAGCAGCUGGGAGUUUUGUGCAAGAAAGUGAAGUUUUCCACUAGUCACCCACUCUUUUCAUUAUGCUAAUUAUGGGACUUUGGGAAUCUGCCUGGUAAUUAGGAAAAUUUGUUUUCCUCGCAUGUAACUUUUGGCCUGCUGUGGAAUUAAGUUGGAAGUUGACACUACUUAGAAGAAGUUAUGCUGCGCAACGCUCCUUCUUCUGCUUCUCCUUUCCUCUGUAAAAUUUAUUGGUACUGGACAAGAGGCAAGACAAUAUAAAACUGAUAACCUUUGUGCUUGAACCAAACGUUAGACUAAGAGUUUUAACACAAACUCGGGUAAUAGAAGCUAUGCUGUAGAUGAGUCUUCCCCAGCUGGGAACACCACAUCUCCCAUCUUCCCCAGCCUGCAUGGCCAGUGGGGAGGGGGGACAGUAGUAGUUCUAAACAUCUUGAAGGCACCAGCGGGGAAGACUAUGUGUAGAUUGUAUAGAGGAAGGCUUUGUAGGUUUUCUUACACGCUGCAGGGGGGUUGGACUAGAUGACCCUUAGGGUCACGUCCAAUCCUAGGAUUCUGAAAGCAAACCAACAGGUGUUGCGUUCCCACCAACCUGAUCGCAACACUCCAGGGGUCUUUCCUGCAACUUCUUCCCACUGGGAACAGACCCAUUAGACCAGAUGAUUCAGGAACUGGUUGUAGGGGUGAUGCCAACAUCUUGUGUCUCCAGUCUGUUGGAAGGAGGGAAUUUGCAGAGCUCUGAACAUGUUGAAUGUCUUCGCUUGGUGCCUCUUUCUCUCUAUAUAUAUUUCUUCUCCUGCACCAGUAUAGGAACGUGUGUAUUAUUAUUUUUUAUGUCUAGACUGUAAACCUCAUGACAAAGUGUACCUGUACUGUAUUUAUGGAGAAAAUAAAAUUGUUUCUGCAAAUA